AUGGUGGCCAAACUGUUUUCCAAUGGGCUGCUGCUCAUGCAGCUAUUUUCUGCCCCAGUCUUGGGGAAACCGAGCCUGAAGCCGAUUUACAAGGAUGCCCAUGAGCCUGUGGAAAAAAGAGUGAAUGAUUUGUUGAGUCGGAUGACCAUUGAGGAUAAGAUGUCGCAAUUGAUCCAGGGCGACGUUACGAAUUGGAUGGAUCAAAACACGGGCGAAUUCAACUACACGGGUCUGGUCGCCAAUAUGGAGAUGAAGACGGGGAUGUUCUAUGUUGGGUAUCCAGUUGCUUGGGAUUGGAUUGCCGAUAAUAUCAAGAGGGCUCAGGACUAUCUUAUUCACAAUACUACUUUGGGAAUUCCGGCACUCGUUCAGACUGAGGGGAUUCAUGGCUUCUUGAUUGGUAACGCUACGAUCUUCAACUCGCCCAUUGCGUAUGGAUGCUCGUGGAACACAGAUCUUGUUCGAGAGAUGGCAGAGAUCGUCGCACAAGAAGCGAAAGCCCUUGGCGUCAACCAGCUCUUUGCUCCGGUUGUUGAUCUCGCCCGGGAGCUUCGAUUUGGUCGGGUCGAAGAGACCUUCUCCGAGGACCCUUUCCUCGCGGGUGAAAUUGGCCACAGUUUCGUCAAAGGCUUGCAGAGCAAGAAAGUGUCAGCCAUGGUUAAGCACUUUGCAGGCUUCAGUGCACCCGAGCAGGGACUUAAUACUGGACCAGUUCAUGGCGGAGAAAGAGAAUUGCGCACAACGUGGUUGCCCCCUUUCAAGCGAGCUAUCAUUGACGCUGGUGCUUGGUCCAUUAUGGCUGCAUAUCACUCCUACGACGGCAUCCCCGCCGUGUCGGACUACCACACUCUGACCGAAAUUCUGAGAGAAGAAUGGGGAUACGAAUACUUCGUAAUGACAGACGCAGGUGGAAGUGACAGAGUAUGCAACGCCUUCAAGCUUUGCGAGAGCAAUCCCAUCGACAUGGAGUCGGUUACCACGCAGCUGCUGAAUGCUGGAACCGAUGUAGAGAUGGGUGGCGGAUCAUUCAACUUCCAAAAGAUUCCCGAGCUUGUUAAGUCUGGCAACCUCGACAUCUCGGUCGUGGACACUGCUGUCUCGAGGUUGCUUCGGGUGAAGUUUGAGAUGGGUCUCUUUGAGAAUCCAUACCCUGCUGCGCCUGAGAAACAACGAAAUAAGCUUAUUCAUAGCCCUGAGGCGGUAAAGCUUGCACGACAAUUAGAUAAGGAGUCUAUUGUGCUGUUGGAGAACCAUGAUGAUAUCCUGCCUCUGAAGAAGUCCGGUGAUAUCGCAGUUAUCGGGCCGAUGGCUGAUGGGUUCAUGAACUACGGAGACUACGUCGUCUACAAGAGUCAAUAUCGAGGCAUCACACCCCUCGCGGGCAUCAAAGCCGCAGUCGGCGACAAAGCCCAAAUCCACUAUGCGCAAGGCUGCGAGCGCUGGAGCAACGACCAAUCCGGUUUCCAAGCAGCAAUCGAAGCAGCCAAGAAAUCCGACGUAGCAAUCGUCGUCGUCGGAACCUGGUCUCGCGAUCAAGGCGAGCUCUGGCAAGGACUAAACGCAACAACCGGCGAACACGUCGACACAGACACCCUCUCCCUCGUCGGCGCCCAAGGCCCGCUAAUAAAAGCCAUAGCCGAAACCGGCGUGCCCACAGUCGUCGUCCUCUCAAGCGGCAAACCCAUAACCGACACCUGGAUCUCAGACACAACAUCCGCCCUCGUACAACAGUUCUACCCCUCCGAACAAGGCGGCAACGCCCUCGCCGACAUCCUCUUCGGUGACUACAACCCUUCCGGUAAACUAUCCGUCAGUUUCCCCCGCUACGUCGGAGACCUCCCAAUUUUCUACGACUACCUGAACUCCGGCCGUUCCAUCGGUGAUUCAGGCACGGAAUAUGAAAACGGGACCCUCGUGUUCGGACACCAGUAUGCCCUCGGAAACCCGACGCCGUGGUAUCCGUUCGGCUACGGGAAGAGCUAUUCUACUUUUGAGUAUGGCGCUGUGAAGGUGGAUAAGAGUGUGAUUUCUGCGUCUGAUAAGACGGUUACCGUAACUGUUGAGAUUAGGAAUACGGCGACGAGGGAUGGGACGGAGGUUGUGCAGGUUUAUGUUCAGGAUGAGAUUGCUUCGGUUGUGGUGCCGAAUCGGCAGUUGAAGGGGUUCAAGAAGGUAUUGAUACCGGCGGGGGAGACGUGGGUUGUAAGGAUUGAGGUCAAAGUUGAGGAGCUGGGCGUUUGGAAUUCGAGGAUGAGAGUUCUUGAUGGUCGUGAUGUCCUCCUGGAUGUUCUCUGUGCAUUUGGCCGCGACUUAGACGUGCUAGAGGAUCUCGCCAAUCGCGGGCUGCCUUAG